UAUUUGAUUAUUUUGUUGUUAUUUUUUUAAAUUCAUUCAUGUGGUCGCGUAUAUGUGGUAUGUCAUGUAUGUGUGGAAUGCAUGCUUGUGGAUGUGUAUCCGCGAGGAGAGGGAAGUGCCUGAAAAUAUCAAUGCCACGUAAUAACUAUCACAAUGAGCGAGUGUGCCAGCUCGGCUGUGCCCAGUAGCGGCGAAGGAUCUUUUUCUCGCCUCCCAUUACCUCUCAAUAAUCUACAAAAUCUACUUCUUUUCUUCUCUUCUCUUCCUGUUCUCAGAGACUCACAGAAAACCUGUAACAGUGAAGACGAAAAUCUGAAGAACGAGGCUUCAGAUUCCUGAAAUCUCUUCCUGCGAAUGGAAAAUCAGAUAAUUUGAACUGUCCGUGGAUGGUGAAGAUAAGAACUGUGGAUUUAUGAGAGGACUGACGAAGUUAUUCUAUACUUCAGACUUCAUUGAUUCUCCGUCGUAAAUUAAUUUUUCAGAGAGGUGGGGCGGGUUCUCUGCUUCAAGUGUCAGAUAUCGUGACUCUUGAUUGAUCACGGCCAGAGAUUGUAGCAUGCUUUGGUGUUAGUAUUCACUUUAGGUGUAGAUAUUUUUCUCUCAUAGAUAUUACUAUGGUGAGCACAUCCGAAAGGUGGAUCGAUCAUCUUCAGUUCUCCUCGUUGUUCUGGCCCUCGCCCCAAGAUGCUCAACAGCGACAGGUUCAAAUUACUGCUUAUGUUGAUUAUUUUGGUCAAUUCACAUCAGAAAGGUUUCCCGAAGACAUUGCCGAGCUAAUCCGGAGUCAUUAUCCAUCCAAGGAAAAAUGCCUUCUUGAUGAUGUUUUGGCAAUCUUUGUGCUCCACCAUCCAGAACAUGGCCAUGCUGUUGUCCAUCCAAUUAUUUCCUGUAUAAUUGAUGGUACACUGGUGUACGACAAGAAUAGUCCUCUAUUUAGUUCUUUCAUUUCUUUGGUGUGCCCAAGCAGUGAGAAUGAAUAUUCCGAACAAUGGGCUCUGGCAUGUGGGGAAAUUUUACGGGUAUUAACUCACUAUAAUCGGCCAAUUUACAAAGUUGAAAGUCAGAACUGUGAAGCAGAGAGAAGCAGUAGUGGCAGCCAUGCCACAACAAGUAACUCUUCUGAGAGGGAAGCGUGUUAUUCAUCUUUGCAGCAACAUGAGAAAAAACCUAUAAGGCCGUUGUCUCCCUGGAUUGCUGAUAUAUUGCUUGCGGCACCUUUGGGUAUUAGAAGUGAUUAUUUCCGUUGGUGUGGUGGGGUCAUGGGUAAAUAUGCUGCUGGAGGAGAACUGAAGCCACCUACAACUGGUUAGUGAAGCAUCUCUUUUGUCAUCAGUGUGAUGUAAUAUAGCAUGUAAAUCUGGCUAGAGUUUAAAUUUUUUCACACUUUCUCAAUUUUGCAUGUAUUUUAUAUUUUAUUUUUCUUCCAAAAGGUUUUAAUCUGCAGAAUUGUUUUUGGCUUGUGAAGGCUUUUAGGAGUGAUCUAAGUUUCGGGUUUUACUAACUUCGUUUUAAAGAAAUGAAAUGGAAGAUCUCUUCCUUGGUGUUA